AUGGAAAUGAGCAUCAUCUUCUUGGAUAUUGAUGGAGUAUUAUGUUUAGGUAGAGAAAUUGAUAAAAAAUAUUUACAAAAUUUGAAGGCUAUAGUAGACGUGACAUCGGCUAGAAUCGUUUUAUCUUCUUCUUGGAGAUUUUUUCCAAAAUCAAGAGCAAAAGUCGAAUCAUCAUUUGCAGAAGUUGGAAUCGAUUCGUUAUUAGCAUGGACUGGUUCUCGAGGUAAAUCAAGAGUAGAUGAAAUCUAUUAUUGGAUGAAAGAUUUUGAUAAUAAAACAAUUCAAGAAGAGAUUAUAAUUAAGAAAUGGAUUGCUAUUGACGAUAUGGAUUUACUCACACUAGAUAAAAAACGAAUGCAAGAUCAUUUUGUAUUGUUCUACAUUUGUGCAUGGAAUCACAGAAGAAACAGUGAAAGAAGCGAUUCGAUUACUGAAGGAACACGAAUAGUGUUGGAUACAAGAAAGAGACUAAAAAUAUCAUCGAUCACCUUGUAUUCGGUUGUAUACAAAUGA